AUGGAGAUGUCUCUUAUUGGUCUGAUACUGUCUAUAGCUUUGUGUGAGCUGAACUCAGUUCUUGUUUUGAAUAGUUUUUGGGAUGGUGUGAAACAAGCAGCUGUGCUUAGCACUAAUGCUUCAUCUGUGACAUGUAAGCUACAAGGUACCACUCGUCAACCUGCAUUCUCUAUGGACGGUGACUAUGUCAUUGGGGGUGUUUUCUCCAUGUACUCCAACAUGCACACUGGGAAGCAUAACUACACCACCAUGCCUGAGCCACUAAGCUGCGCAGGGAGCAUCGACUCCCGUGGACUGCGCUUCUCACGUGCAAUGGUCUUCGCCAUCGAGCAGAUUAACAACAGCACGGAGCUGCUUCCGGGGAUCAAGCUUGGUUAUGAGAUCUAUGACUCAUGUGCCUCGGUGUCCGUGGCGGUGCAUGUUGCAUUUCAGCUUUCAGGGGGAAUGGACCCGGUGUUUAACACCGGCGACAAAUGCUCGCAGUCUGGUAUGGUGAUGGCCGUUGUUGGUGCGUCUGGGUCCACGUCUUCCAUCAGUGUGUCGCGCAUCAUCGGGCCCUUCAACAUACCUCAAGUGAGCCACUUUGCCACGUGUGCAUGCCUGUCUGAUAAGCAGCAGUACCCGAGUUUCUUCAGAACAAUCCCGAGUGAUCAAUUCCAGGCUGACGCGCUGGCCAAGCUGGUCAAACACUUUGGCUGGACUUGGAUAGGUGCUGUCCGGUCGGAUUCUGACUAUGGCAACAAUGGCAUGGCAUCGUUCCUGCAUGCAGCACGUAAAGAGGGGAUCUGUGUGGAAUACUCUGAGUCUUUCUAUUGGACCCACCCACGUAGCCGGAUCCAGAGAGUAGCUGACGUUAUCCGCAGGUCAACAGCUAAGGUUGUUGUGGCAUUUAUUUCCACUACCAAUAUGAAGAUUCUGCUGGAGGAGCUGUCACGCAAGCCUUCCCCACCUCGCCAGUGGAUAGGUAGUGAGUCCUGGGUAACUGACCCAGACAUGCUGAGGUUCAGCUUCCUUGCUGGAGCCAUCGGAUUUGGCAUUGAAAAAUCUGUCAUCCCAGGUCUGAGGGACUUCCUGCUGGAUCUCUCUCCCUCUAAAGUAGCUGACUCCCCAUUACUUACCAUGUUCUGGGAGGAAGCAUUCAACUGCAGGCUGGUAAAAAGUGAAGCCACGGACAGGAGUGUGUGUGAUGGAACUGAAGAUAUAAAGACGCUCCAGAGCUCAUACACUGACACAUCUCAACUUCGAGUCACUAACAUGGUGUACAAGGCUGUCUAUGCAAUAGCGCAUGCCAUUCAUAACGCAGUGUAUCAGAAAACUGAUUCUACUACACAGUGUGAUAAGUUCACUAAGCUAGAGGCCAAAGAGGUUCUUAAUGAGCUGAAAAAAGUUAAUUUUUCCCAAAAUGGUUAUGAUGUGUCAUUUGAUGCCAACGGGGAUCCUGUGGCCACAUAUGAGCUGGUAAACUGGCAAAGAAAUGAGAGUGGCAGCAUUGAGUUGGUGACUGUGGGGCGAUACGAUUCAUCACUGCCGGUGGGCCAGGAGUUCCUUAUCAACAGGAACCUCACCUGGGUGGAGAGUGGCACACAGGUGCCUGUGUCAGUGUGCACUGACAGCUGUCCUUCAGGAACUCGUAAAGUGCUUCAGAAAGGAAAACCCAUCUGCUGUUAUGACUGUACACCGUGUCCCGAGGGAGAGAUUAGCAAUGCUACAGAUUCCUUUGAUUGUUUCCCUUGCCCCAAGGAAUUCUGGCCUAAUGCAGAGAGAGAUACAUGUCUUCCCAAACCUGUAGAGUUUCUUUCCUUCAACGAGCCGCUUGGAAUUGUCUUGGCUGCUUUUUCAAUCGGUGGUGCCUGUCUCGCCAUUAUAACAGCGGCUGUGUUCUAUCGUCACAGGAGCUCACCAAUUGUCAGGGCCAACAACUCUGAGCUGAGCUUCUUGCUGCUCUUCUCCCUGACUCUAUGUUUCUUAUGUUCAUUAACGUUCAUUGGAGCACCCUCGGAAUGGUCCUGCAUGCUGCGCCACACAGUGUUUGGGAUCACAUUCGUCCUCUGCAUGUCUUGUGUUCUUGGAAAAACUAUAGUAGUUCUGACGGCCUUCAGAGCUACACUACCAGGUAGUAAUUUGAUGAAAUGGUUUGGGCCUUCACAGCAAAGAUUGACUGCAGUGUCUUUCACGUUUAUUCAAGUUUUGAUAUGUACUAUUUGGUUAGUUCUUAGUCCCCCCUUUCCAAUGAAAAACCUCACGACAUACAAGGAGAGAAUCAUCCUGGAGUGCGCAUUAGGAUCAGCUUUGGGGUUCUGGGCUGUACUUGGGUAUAUAGGCUUACUGGCUGUCUUUUGCUUUGUGUUAGCUGUCCUAGCUCGGAAACUACCUAAUAACUUUAAUGAAGCCAAGCUUAUCACAUUCAGCAUGUUGAUAUUCUGUGCAGUCUGGAUCACAUUUAUCCCAGCAUAUGUCAGCUCUCCUGGGAAAUAUACUGUGGCUGUGGAGAUAUUUGCCAUUCUGGCCUCCAGUUUUGGACUAAUUACGUGUAUAUUCGCUCCAAAAUGUUUUAUUAUUUUAUUUAAGCCAGAGAAAAACACCAAGAAACAUUUAAUGAGCAGGGACAGUGAGCCUUUGGCCCUGCAGUCGGGAGGGGAUGUUGUGAUUGGAGGGCUGUUCCCUCUGCAUUUUGUGGCUCCUAAGCCACAGAACAGCUACCACAGCAAACCCCAGCUCACACCUUGCAGUGGAUCCACUGAAGACGCCAUAGCCAUAGCUCUCCACUCUCCACUGAGCCACCUGGAGCAUCGUGGGAGCUACGUCAGAUUGCUCUUUAUUGACUACAGCUCAGCGUUCAACACAAUCAUCCCGGACAUUCUAGGCUGUGUGCUGAGCCCUCUCCUGUACUCGCUCUACACCCACGACUGCAGUCCAGCCCACCCAGAGAACAUCAUCGUCAAGUUUGCUGACGACACCACUGUGGUGGGGCUUAUCUCAGGAGGAGACGAGUCGGCCUACAGGAGUGAGGUACUGAAGCUCUCAGUGUGGUGUUCAGUGAACAACCUGGCACUGAACCCCACAAAAACCAAAGACAUCAUCGUAGACUUCAGGAGGAAUACUACCAACCUCGCUCCCCUCUACAUUUACGGCGAGUGUGUGGAGAGGGUCCACACCUUCAAGUUCCUCGGCGUCCUCAUUACCAACAACCUUUCCUGGAAGGACAACACCACAGCUGUCAUCAAGAAGGCCCAGCAGCGUCUGCACUUCCUGAGGGUGCUCAGGAAGAACAACUUGGCCACUAAGCUGCUGGUGACCUUCUACCGCUCUACCAUCGAGAGCCUAUUAACAUACUGCAUCACAGUGUGGUACGCCAGCUGCACUGAGGCAGACAGGAUGAGGCUCCAGAGAGUUGUAAAAGCAGCACAGAGGAUCAUCGGCUGCCUUCUCCCCUCCCUGAUGGACAUUUACACCUCCCGCUGCCUCAGUAGAGCCAAAAACAUUGUUAAGGACAAUUCACACCCCGGCUUUCACCUGUUCAACCUGCUGCCCUCCGGCAGGCGCUACAGGCUGUUCAGCCACAUCUGCAUGGGGCGCAACGACAGCGGGCCUAAGGGCCCAACGGCCGAGGCAGCCGUCAGUCUGCCCAAGGGCCGGAGGAACUGCAUAUAA